AGCAACCCUCAAAAAUCGAACUUGAUUCUUGAACAACAGAAUUUGGGGAAAAAAAGCUGUGGAGAUUUCUGAUCGAUAUUCUGAAAUGGCGGACGGAAGCAAAGCGGAGAUACCUGCGAAAUGGGAUGCGUGCCUCGAUUUAGGCCUCCGUCGUUUCGUCUACUCUUCGCUCGCCGGCGCCGUUUCGGGUUUCCUUAUCUUCCGGAGUCCAGCAACACGGUGGGCGUCUAUAGCUUUUGGUGCUGGAGUGGGGAUAGGUUCGGCUUACUCAGAGUGCUCUCUUAAAUUUGACGAAUCUCCCCCCAAAUUGACUUCUAAUGUAGCCAGUACUCCUCUACCUGAGGGUGAUGAGUGAAGUUGAGAUUGUUGGGCAUGCUUUCUCAUUUGAAACUUCAGUUUUCUUCUUCAUUGGUUGUUCUAAUGGUGUAUUUCCUGGAGACCGUUUGGCUACUAUAUCUCACUCUAUGAUGUGUUACAUAAUUUUUUGUUAUGGAAAAUUGUCAUUUGAAGUACAA